AUGGCAGCAGAGUCCGACGAUAUCUCAGUUUUCAGCAGCUCCUCAAAGCCAGCUCACUUCGAAACGAAAAUGGCCGCUCUCUCAUACACGUUGCCAUAUCGUCCUCCCAGCCUGAGGUCUAGUCCAUCACUUACCUUCUCGGUGCAGUUGAAUUUCAACCUUGCGAUAAAGAAGGUUGGGUUCCCCUGCACUCGGCCUGCGGCUGCCACAAUAAUUUCCAUCAAAAAGAGCCCGACUGCGAGCAUCCUGGCCGCCACCCUCAGUGCUCCGGUGCCAACAACAGUAACAGCAGCGACCGUCAGAACCUGUCCUCUGAGUAGUCAAACCUCCGACACCACUUUGCCCCCAGGGGAUAUUUCGAUUGUGCACGAAGAAUAUUCAGGCUACUUAUUCUUCAUGAGCAAAUAUGUUCUCCUCUUUCUGUGGCAAUACUGA